AUGGUGGUUGGCUUGCAAUACACUGCCGGCGCAGCCGCCAACACCUUUCAGCGAACUCCCUUCGACAUAUCUCGGGUCUUCCUCUCCUCGAUCCCACCGUCCAGCACGUUCUAUCUGGACCUUGAGGGCAAAAGUCUCAGCCGCAAUGGAACCCUCUCCCUCUUGACGGUACUCGUCCUUCCCACGCAAGCAACAAGCAAUGUCGAUGUCCAAACCCUCGGCGACUCUGCUUUCACCACUCCCGGCAUAGGCGGAAAUACCCUCAAAGCCAUCCUCGAGGAUCCCCACACUUCUAAAUGCUUCUGGGACGUACGCAAUGACGCGGACGCGGCAGAAACGUGGGCGGUCUGGAAGUGCCCAGGCGGUGGUGGUCCACCUGCAACACACCCAUAG